UGCGGUUGAGCUAAUCUAGCAACGCCAUGCCCACGACACACGCGUCUGACGAUAGUUGUGCGCUCAAGUGGGCUCCUCUUAUUAAGAGCUACAGCAAUAGCCGUCUGCGAGUACAUCCACCUCCCCGCGUUUCGCCGCGCUGUCCGGAGUACUCCUCCCGCAAUAGACCCUGACUCGAAGUGGCGCUUGGAGUUGGUCGACGAUCCAUGCCCGAAAUGGUGGCAAGCUAAUCUUACAUAAACCCUGGAUCCAUUUUCACGUCACGAUACCCCGUAGAUCAGCCUUCAGCUCGCCAGCGUCGGGAGCUUGUUCAAACGUCGGUUUCGGCUUUGGUUUCGACUAGCACGGGCUGCUACUUGUAAUGAAGCAUCAUGUGCCAUGUCCAUCAGGCCACUCCCAGAGGAUGUCGUCGGCAAGAUCAGAUCCUCGUCAACCAUCACAUCGCUGAACGGCGUUGUCUGUGGUCUGCUCAAGAAUUCGCUUGACGCUGGUGCCACCAAAGUCAAUAUCUAUGUCGAAUAUGGCCGAGGGAAUUGUACCGUAGAAGACAAUGGAUUGGGCAUUGCUCCCGGAGAUUUUUCAGAGGACGGAGGACUUGGAAAGUCUUAUUACUCAUCCAAAUUUCCGCCUCAGCAUGGACUGCAUGGCAGGCAGGGGACCUUUUUGGCCUCUUUGAGCACUUUGUCCUUGCUGACAGUGACAUCUCACCAUCAUCGCCAUAACUCGCACAACUCCCUGUCGAUUCACCACGGCAAACUCUUAAAGAGGCAGACACAAUCUGUUUCUGGGGAAAGAUUCGAUGUGUUUGACCAUGGUACGCGAGUUGCAGUUAAUGACUUAUUUGGCUCGCUUCCUGUUCGCGUUAAACACCGCGCGACUCUCGUCGCAGACCGCCCUGGGCUUGACAAGGAAUGGGGACGCCUAGUUCACGAUGUUGUCGGUUUACUUGUGGCUUGGUCUUCUGGAGUCACUGUGUUCUUGUGUGAAAUCAAGGCACAGCGUGAACUGCGUCUGAAGCCACCGGAAAAUGCGAGUAUGGUCCCUAGAGCACUACGGUACUUUGUACAAGCUUCAUUCGCAGACUCCGGCGAAAUGGACUCGUGGGUGCCAGUAUCAGCGACUGCUGGACACGUCGCUAUCAAGGGCUGCAUUUCUCUAACUCCGGUGGCGACACGCCGAUCUCAGUUUAUGAGCAUAGGCAUAUUACCAAUCUCAAACGAGUAUGGUAACAAUGUUCUCUACGAAGAAGUAAACAAAAUGUUCAAAGGCUCAGAUUUUGGGAUAGCCGAAGGCAAUGAAGGGGAGUCGGAUAACUGGGUGGGUCCAAAUUCUCAGAAGAAGAGCAAAGGAGCAGACCGAUGGCCUAUGUUUUACUUCCGAAUCACGCUCAAAGGGAUCGAAGAUUCUUUUGAUGUAGACGACAUAUCUAACCACUCGCACGGAGACCUUCAAAGGAUUACCGACUUGUUGAGGGCUAUGACUUACAGCUUUCUGAGAAAACACCACAUGCGCCCACAAAAGGUUCAGUUAUCUUCAGACAAGUCUGUGUUUUCAACAACGCCACAUCGCAGCACUAAAGCGCCCAACAAGCCUCCAUCAACUCAGGCUUCAAUGCCUCCAUCUUCACAAGCUUUGCUGUCAGAUUCCUCUUCCUCCCUGUCAGAUAGCCCUUUUGACGGCUGGAGUAGGAUGAAGGUUGGCCCACGAACAGAAGCCAAGCCGGCAGAGAAAGCGACGCGGCCUGAUCCUAAUCUAACCCCUUCAGAUACUAUCGCAAAAGAGAGGCUAGUUGGAGAAGGUGGAAAGCUGCUUCGCAAGCCGUUCGAUAUCCCAGAUUCGCCUGGUACUGAAGCUGAGAGCAUAAACUCCAGUGGAACUGAUACUGGGAGCAUCUGCAAAUGGGGCUCUCUUUCGCUUGUUGAGCGUCCUAAGAGGGCAGCAGAAGAUUCGCUGAGCGAAACGGCCAAGCGGUUGAAAGUGAAUGAUUCAGAUGGGGCGAGUGGGAAAUCAGAAGAGAAGAAGGAGAUGGGAGGGCGAGAAGAACCAAGCGAAUGGCUCAAAGAUGUUCUCAAUUCGUGGCGCAACCCGGUUUUUGAGCCAACGCAGCUCCCUGUACCACGUAUCAACGAUGAAGCGCCGGCACCAGUGCGUGAGACAACGCUGGUUCACGGCUUACACCGAUGCCGGAAUGAUGGCAAUGGAGGAGUCAAAUUCGAGGCAGCAUCCAUCGGUAUAGAAGGCCGCGUAUCUAGAUCAGCCCUGGAAGGAGCGGAAGUCGUUGCACAAGUCGACAAAAAAUUCAUUAUGCUGAAGCUCCCGCUUCGAGAAACGAAAGACGCGCCUAAACCGGGCAGCUCUUGUGCCCUGGUGAUGCUAGAUCAACAUGCUGCGGACGAGAGGUGCCGUCUAGAGGACCUUAUGACGGAAUAUUUCAUGGAAGACCCUUCCAGCAGGGUGCUCAGGGCAGCUGUCGAGUCUCUCGAGCGACCGCUGAUAUUUGAAACUUCAGAGCGCGAACAUGGCUUGCUACAGCGGUAUCAGGGGCAUCUAGAAGCAUGGGGCAUCAUGUACAGGACUACACAACAAGCGGCGGACUAUACAAUUACGGUGACGGCUCUUCCUCCCAGCAUUUUGGAACGAUGUCGUGGUGAGCCGCGACUUUUGGUGGAUUUAAUACGCAAUGAGAUUUGGAAGCUCCACGACGAGGGCAUGAUUCCCCCACGGCCGCGCAGUGCUGGAAAGGGGACAUUGAAUCAAUCUUUGACGGCGGACUUUCAUGGCUGCCCGAGAGGUAUCCUCGAACUGCUGCAUUCGAGGGCCUGUCGAAGUGCCGUCAUGUUCAAUGAUGUUUUAUCGGCUGGAGAGUGCGAGCAUCUAGUGCAACGGCUUGCGCGGUGCGCAUUCCCUUUCCAAUGCGCACAUGGACGGCCCAGCUUGGUGCCUCUGGUAGAUUUAGGAUCAGCAUGUCGUAUUCGAGCGUGGGAUGAGGGCGGAGAUGUGAAGCAAGAUUUGACAGUAUGGAAGAGGUGGAUUGAAUCAUAGCAUAAAAGCGGCGUGUAAUGAUUUUCGCAUAAAGGUCGUCCGCUUGCAAUAGUAUAUAACCACGGCGGAAGUUUUGCUGCUUGGCACUGCAUGUGAUGUUAUGAUGCAUUCGAAUAUAUGACAU